GCUCACAGAGCACCAACCCUCCUCCCAAUCAGCAUCAUCUCCUCUCACAGCGCAGAGCCGCGCAGUUGUCACGUCAGCUUCCCCUUCAGAAGCAGCUGUUUCUUCAGGAAUAAGCAACAACAGCAACAACAGCAACAACAACAGCAACAGCAACAGCAACAGCAACAACAGCAUCAACCGGGAGAUUUUUGUUUAUUCUGAUCACACUUACACAGAGAGCGUGUGUGUGUGAGAGAGGCUGUUCUUGUUCUGCUGUUCUCUCUCUCUCUCUCUCCCGGGAUCAUCAACAUCAUCUCAGCAGCAGCAGCAGCGUCACCACACACACACACACACACACACACACACAGAGUCUCUGAAAUGGAAGUGAGAUGUCGUCCAGCGGUGAUGUGUUGUGUCCUCGCCGCCCUGUGCUCAGCUCUGCCCCGCUCCCUCGCCUCCUCUUACACGGACAGACAGUAUGUGAACCAGUGGGCAGUGGAGAUCCCCGGAGGACAGUCCGUGGCAGAGGCCAUCGCCAAAGAGCUGGACUAUCAGCUGGUCCGACAGAUCGGGGCCCUGAAGGACCAUUUCUUGUUCAAACACCCCAAUCAUCCUAGCAGGAUGAAACGAAGUGCCAGACACGUCACUCGGCGGCUGUCGGAGGACGAUCGGGUGCUGUGGGCAGAGCAACAGUAUGAGAAACCUCGAAACAAGCGAGCGUCCCUUGGCGGCUGCAGAGACUGCCCGGUGGACAAGCUGUUUGAUGACCCCAUGUGGAACCAGCAGUGGUACCUGCAAGACACACGGACGUCCUCCUCGCUGCCAAAGCUGGACCUGCACGUGAUCCCAGUGUGGCAGAAAGGCAUCACUGGAAAAGGCGUGGUCAUCACUGUUCUGGAUGACGGACUCGAGUGGAACCACACAGACAUCUACUCCAACUACGACGCAGCAGCCAGCUACGAUUUUAACGACAAUGACCCAGACCCUUUCCCCAGAUAUGACUCAACGAACGAAAACAAGCAUGGGACUCGCUGUGCGGGGGAAAUUGCUAUGCAGGCAGACAACAAUAAGUGUGGAGUUGGAGUGGCAUAUAACUCCAAGGUUGGAGGGAUCCGUAUGCUUGAUGGGAUUGUGACUGAUGCCAUCGAGGCCAGUUCUAUUGGUUUCAAUCCGGACCAUGUGGACAUCUACAGUGCCAGCUGGGGACCCAACGACGACGGCAAGACGGUGGAGGGCCCGGGCCGUCUGGCCCAGAAGGCUUUCGAGUACGGAAUCCAGAAGGGCCGUGGCGGAAAAGGCUCCAUCUUUGUGUGGGCGUCGGGUAACGGAGGUCGUCAGGGCGAUAACUGCGACUGCGACGGAUACACCGACAGCAUCUUCACCAUCUCCAUCAGCAGCGCCUCUCAGCAGGGCUUGUCUCCCUGGUAUGCGGAGAAGUGUUCGUCCACUCUGGCGACAGCGUACAGCAGCGGUGACUACACUGACCAGAGGAUUACGAGUGCUGAUCUACACAACGAGUGCACUCAAACUCACACUGGAACGUCGGCCUCUGCUCCGCUGGCUGCUGGAAUAUUUGCAUUGGCACUUGAACAAAACCCAGAUCUAACCUGGAGAGACCUGCAGCACAUUGUAGUCUGGACCUCUGAGUUUGAUCCUCUGGCGAAUAAUCCAGGCUGGAAAAGGAACGGCGCAGGACUGAUGGUGAACAGUCGUUUUGGCUUUGGUCUCCUGAAUGCUAAAGCCCUGGUUGAUCUCGCUGACCCGGCCACCUGGAAGCAUGUACCUGAGAAGAAGCAAUGUAUCAUCAGGGAUGAUUCCUUCCAGCCAAGGGAGCUGAAGGCGGCGGGGGAGAUCACUAUAGAGAUUCCAACCAAAGCCUGUGCAGGGCAGGAGAACGCCAUCCACUCACUGGAGCAUGUGCAGGUGGAGGCCAGCAUCGAAUACACCAGGAGAGGAGAUCUACACAUCACACUCACCUCCCCAGCUGGUACUAACACGGUGCUGCUGGCUGAACGAGAGCGGGACACGUCUGCUAAUGGCUUCAGGAAUUGGGACUUCAUGUCUGUCCAUACCUGGGGAGAAGACCCUGCUGGGACAUGGACCCUGAAGAUCACAGACACUUCAGGCCGCAUGGAGAACAAGGGCCGCAUUUUAAACUGGAAGUUGAUUCUUCAUGGAACAUCAGAGAAGCCCGAUCACAUGGCGAAACCGCGAGCGUACAUUCCCUACAAUGCUGUGCAGAAUGACCGGCGCGGUGUGGAGCACAUGGACGACAUGACCGAGGAGCCCACACAGGCUAAUCCUCCUCCUAAAACAGAAACACCCUCCUCCAACCCAGAGAAGAUUCCCAAAAUACCCUCAGAUCCAGCCUACUCCCCCUCUCUGGCCCUGCUGCGUCUCCUGCAGACGGCUUUCAACCGACAGACCCCGGCCUUGCAGCAGUACCAGGCUUCAGGUAGAUCCUCCUCCAAGUGGAGGAAGCAGCAGCAGCAGCAGCAGCAGCAGCAGCACCUGGACAGAAGCCUCUCCCCUACCGCUACCAGAUUCCCCCCUCAGAAGCUGUACCAGGCUCUGGACAUGAUCAACAAGUACCGUGGCAAUGAGGACAGUGUCUACAGCGACUACAGCGACGGCUUCUACAACACCAAGCCCUACAGGCAUAGAGAUGAUCGACUGCUACAGGCUCUCUUUGAAAUGAUCGAUGAUGAUGGCAUGUGAAGGAGAGGAGGGGAGGGGAGGAGAGGAGAGGAGAGGGGAGGAGUUAUACAGGGAAGAAAAACAAAAACUCUUCCACUCUGUUCUGUUUCCCCCAAUAUGCUGCAAAUUUAAUCUCUUUAUGUUCUUUUGCCAAAUCAUCAUUCUCCCCCCCCCCCCGCUGUAUAACUGUAUCUCUGUGUUAGUGAAAGCAUUCAAACGUGUUAGAAAUGGUCGAGGACAUUUUGUCUCUCUUCUCUUCCUGCUCAAGCAUGCCACAUUUAGAAUAUACGUUUUGUAUUAUUAUAUUACACACACACACACACACACACACACAGAGUCUGGUUCCCAGGACAUCAGAGGACAUUACAUUGACUUACAUUCUUAACCUUAACCAUAACUGGUACUGCCCUAAUCCUAACCCCAAUCUAAACAUACAACAGGUCUUAAAAUGUAAUCAUAUACAUUAUGGGAACUUGCUUUUUGUGACUGUGUAAACAGACAUUGGUCCCCACAAUAUGAGUAAUACCUGAAACAUACACACACAUACACACACACACACACUAUAAAAAGAGGAUUGUUAAAUGAUUUCCAAAAUUUCAAAAAAAAAAUAUUUUAUUAUUUUUCCUUUUCAUUCUAUUUAUGUAUUUAUUUAUUCAUUCAUACUUAAAAUUAUAAAACGACACAUUUGAAAAAAGUAAAACAAUUAAAUAUUUUAAACAUAAGAUUUGUUUGAUUUUUUGUCAGUGUGUCAUUGUGGACUAUAAUGUAUUACAAGAAAAAAAUAUAUUGUGAAAGAUGAUUUAAUAUGCAGGGACAAUGUAAAUGUACUAUUAAACAAUUAUACUGAGGAAAAAAAACAAAAGAAAAUCAAAAUAUGUUGAUAUAUAUAUUCAAAAUGGAAUAAAAAAUGAGAGAUUAAUUGUUGUGUGCAAUUGGUUUAAUUUUGUAAAAGUACAAUGCUGCAUUAAAUGAAAUAUUUUUCUAGCAAUCCUCAGUUCAUAUUCUAAAUAAUAUAUAUAUACAGUAUAUAUCAAACCCUUGAACGGUUUAUUUUCUCAUGGCACAGUUCACUCCUUGUUGUCCGUGUGGUUGCCAUAACUACCAAUAAACACUGCCAAAACCUUUGCUUGUCUGUCAGAAGGUGUUUGUGUUUCCAGUGAUUGUGACACAGAGAGUUUAGGAUUGCAGACUCUGUCUCGAGGCUCUGCGCUGCAGUCUUCAUGCACAGUUAUCUCCAUUGCCUUAAUAUGUAUAACUGUGCACACUCAAGUUACUGAUGCUCGUCUCAGUGUUUAUGAGUUGCGAUGUCUCUCUCCUGACUGCUUCACUUCUCUGUCAACAACAGAAAAACAACAAGCUGUUAUUAAUCUGUUCUUUGCUGUAGCCAGUGCUGUUUUAUUUCUUUUUGACUGAUGCUUCAGUCAGAAGUUGUUUACACAAACAAUAUCAUGUUGCAAUUUCUGUAUGAAUGUAAAAAACAAGAAAAAAAAGAGAGAUUUAUCAUAAUAAACUGCAAAGUGAUGUCUUGA